AGCCCGAGCUGCAGAGCCACACGGUCGCGCUACGGCGAUACGUUACGAUGUAGCACGUUGGGAAGGAACGAGUUAUUUCCUUUUUCCGAACACUGAAGCCCACAGCAGCGGAGACAUUUUGAGCGGGAGAUGAAGACUGCGCGUGAAGGCGCGAGCGCUGGGCCGAUCUACACUGUUCAGGCUCAGCAGGUGAAAGGAGUACACGAUUAAUACAUCAUUGCCUUCAUAUUAUACGGACAGUGUGUGUGUGUGUGUGUGUCACACACUCCGACAUCUGGAUGUACUCGUUGUGGAAACCCCUGGCAGCUCUUCACUCCUUUUUGGAAAGAUUGAGACAAUGAGGCACGGCUUUCUCCUUGUGUUUCGGACCCUUGUCACUGUGCUGAUUUUUACACUCACACAAAGUGUUGACAGCAGACUGAGUGUACAGCGUGAGAGGGCGUGGACGUCAGCUGUACCUGUGGAAGACUUCAGCACUCAAAGCAGGACAGAGACACACCACCAAGAUAAUGUGCUGAUGAACACACCAGCAAUAACUCAUUUUGCUCAGUCAGUCACAGGUCAUAGCAGAGGAGUUAAGCCCCUAUGGAAGACGAGACCUUUCGUCAUUGUGGGUGAACACAGGAGGAGCCUGGGUAACGUUCUACAGAAUGGUCACCCUGACAGACUGUUGUGUGGGCUGCAAGUGGCAGACAGUCUUCUUCUGCUGGACCUGGAAAAGAACCAAGAGCUAUUGCCUAAGCCACCAAAUGUCUUCUUCUACCUGCCAAAUGGAGAAGGGGUAACCAUGGAGAACAGUCAGGUGGCUCAGUGUUACUAUCAUGGCUCUGUGAGAGGGUUCCCCCAGUCCCGUGUGGCCGUCAGCACCUGCACUGGCUUACGGGGAGUGAUUGUAAUCAAUGCGAGUUUGAGCUUUGAACUGCAGCCAGAAGAAGGGGAUGAAGGUGUAAAAAGAAGUGGGAGUUCAGAAGAAGAGGAAUUACACGUGCUCUACCCAACCCACCACCUGAGCUCUAAAUCUGGGGGAUGUGGUGUUCCUCACACAUUUAUACCACCCAUUCAGAUUAUUCCACACAUGCACAGGAUAAAAAGAGAUAUUCUCUUAGAGACCAAAUACAUUGAGCUGGUAUUGGUGGUCGAUCACAAGGAGUACCUAAAUUAUCAGAAAAACAACAAGACUAUUAUUUACCGUAUGCUGGAUGUGGCCAACCAGGUAGACUGGUACUAUCGGCCUCUGAAUGUGCGAGUGGCCCUAGUGGGGCUGGAGAUCUGGAAUGAUCAAGAUAAAAUCCUGAUAGAUAAGAGUCCCGGUGACACCCUCAACCGCUUUUUGGAAUGGAGGAACAGAGAGCUGCUGCCAAGAUUACGCCAUGACAAUGCACAACUAAUCAUGGGUGAGUCAUUUGAUGGCACAAUAGUGGGGAUGGCCUCUCAGUCUUCCAUGUGCACCAAGGACAGGUCUGGAGGCGUUAAUGUGGAUCACCUGGUAAGUGUGCUGGGUGUUGCAUCCACAGUGGCGCAUGAACUUGGUCAUAACCUGGGCAUGAACCAUGACACAGCUGAACGCCACUGUCAGUGCCAGAAUGAGCCACGUCUUGGGGGAUGCAUCAUGGAGCCAUCAACAGGGUUCAUGCCAGGUCAGCUGUUCAGCAGCUGCAGUGAAAAAGAUCUCUCUCUGAGCCUGAUGCACGGUGGAGGCAUGUGCCUUUUUAACGUACCGCAGCCGGAAAAGAUGCUGGGAGGCCCGCGAUGUGGCAACCUGUACGUGGAGAAGGGAGAGGAAUGUGAUUGUGGCCUACUCGAUGAAUGCAUUGAUCCAUGUUGUAAUGCCAGCACUUGUAAGCUUGUUCCAGGUGCCCAGUGCUCCUCUGAUGGCAUUUGCUGUGAGAAUUGCAAACUGCGUGUUGCUGGAUCGUUGUGUCGAGAGCCUUUGGGAGAAUGCGAUCUACCGGAGUACUGCACUGGUGACUCGCCACACUGCCCGCCCAACGUGUUUCUUCAGAAUGGCGAGACAUGUCAGGCUGGCACCUCCUACUGCUACAGCGGAGUGUGUACCAUUAUGGACGAGCAGUGUCAUAUGCUGUGGGGAGCCAACUCCACCCGUGCUCCUUCAGUCUGCUUCUCCUCCGUCAACAAACAGGGCAACAGGUUCGGCAACUGUGGCCAGAUGACCAAUGGUACCUAUAUACCCUGCUUAAAUAGUAAUGUGCAGUGUGGUAGAAUCCAGUGUCAGGGCGGCAGUGAUCGCCCACUGAUAGACACAAACGCUCAGAUUCUGACAACCAAAGUGAAACUGAAUCACAGUGACAUCACCUGUCGAGGAGCAUAUUUCCGUCUGGGUGAUGACGUCUCUGAUCCAGCCAUGGUAGCUCAGGGAACUGCAUGCGCUCCUGGCAAGGUGUGUUUAGACCAGCGCUGUCAGGAUGUGUCCAUUCUUGGCGUUGAGGCGUGUCGUGGGAAAUGUAACGGCCAUGGGGUGUGUAACAGCAACAAGAAUUGUCACUGUGAUGUGGGCUGGGCUCCACCAGAGUGCAAAUACUCAGGAGCAGGAGGCAGUGUGGACAGCGGCCCUGCACGUCAGCUCAGAGAUUCCAACCCUGUUCUUGUAGCCAUCCUAGUGAUCACUGUGUUCGUGCUGCUGGUGACAUCCCUGAUCCUGGCAUUCCGCUUCUCACGCGCCCGCCGAUGGUUCCUAUGUUUCAACCACCCACCCUUCAGCAAGGCAAGACAACCCAGCCGAACCCCUGCCACUGAGCGAAUGAAUGCACAUAAUGGGGAGCAGAUCUUGCCGCUGAGGUACCAGUGGACCCCACAGAAUGACAUCCCACUCACACGAGCCAUUAGUAAGGCUCAGACCAGGCCUGCUCCUCCUACUAAACCUCUUCCACCUGAUCCUGUCUCUAAACAACCUGUCCAGUCGGCAGGGCAACGGCCUGCCCCUCCCAACAAGCCCCUCCCUCCUGACCCCGCCCCCGCAGAGAACAAGGUGCAGCGAAAGCCGAAGGUGACACGACCGGCUGCACCAAGCAAGCCUCUCCCCCCUGACCCUGUCCUUUCUGACAGACAGAGCCAGAAGCAAAUUCCCCCCAGACCCCCAGUUCCCAAGAAGCCUCUGCCUGCAGACCCCUCUGGUUACUCCGCUGCUCUGCCACUGCUGCCCCUCUCUAAUCCAUCAGGACACCACACAGCUGUUUCUGUUUCUGCUUCUGCCAGCUUUAGCCCUUCUGCUGCUGCUGUUCCGGCAAGACGCCCCCUGGCGCCUCCCAUUAGAGCAGCACACCAGCCCAGGAAGUUUCACACACCUCCACAGGUGUAAGCAGUAGGUGCUACAAUGUAGGCUCUACAAUGUGUGCUGUGGCCCUGUUUUGUGCUGAGGAUUGACACACUUCUAAUUGCACUGACCAUCUCAGACUCAACACAGCUGAACCAAUGCCAUGCACUUGAACAUAUUUCUCUAAACAGAGUCAGCGAGUUAAUUCCAACACAUGGACAAGCAGUAAAAGAUUAUCCAGUUAAUGCAUUGAUGAUGAAGAAAGGCUCUGACACUUUGCAUGAUGACUGAUCAAGUUGUCUUUCAUGUGCUAAACAGUAUUCUGUAUUAACGUGUGCUAUCACUGGCUACAUUGCUGAUGAGUGUGUGUAGGUUGAAUGUGGGUUAAAAACCAAUGUUCAACAGUUAAAGGGCUAGAAAUUUACCCUGAACUUCCAGUAACUAAGUAUUUUAUAACUUCAUUUGAUUAGGCAGUAGCUAUGCACUACUGAUACUGAAAUUGACCCAAAAAGGUUUGUUGUAUUUGUUUUGAAGCACCAUGAUGACCUUGACCAAGCUACUAAAUAUGUGUUCAUCCUUUAAGCCGGUGUAAAGGAUUGAACUGAUGAUUCUGUGCAGCCCAGGCUGUUUUAUGUGGCACUUAUCUGUGUAUAAAUCUUACAUGUCUAUCAUUUAAGAGAUGGUGGUCAUAAAAGAAAAAAAAUAGAUGCUGCUGGUCUGGUCUCUUUGCCUUUUGUAAAUAGUAAAAGUGUAAGGGGGAUAUUGUUGUUUAUUUUGCAAAAUACAGUAUUUUUAUGCAAUAAAACUUGAAACCUGUUUUUAAAAAUGAA